GUCAAUGCAGGGCGCAGACGCCGUUCACAGCUGCUCCGACACGCUCGACUUUGUGCCGCGCGCUCCCAAAAGUCUGUUUUUGUUUUUUUGUUUUUUUUGGUGGAGGGGGAGCGUUUGGAAUUUCCGUCGAGAACAGAAAAAAAAACCGUAAGCCUCCACGACCCUUAGCGGCACUCGGACCAUUUGGAUUUAAACUUUUCCAAGGACUUCGGCCGAAAGGUGUCUCGUCGUCACCGCUCCCACCCUCGCCGUCUCCAGAUCUCCUGCGGCGCAGCCCACCUCCGGCACUCCCCGCUCCGUAUCGGCCACAGCGCCAUGGUAACUCUCAGCAAGGCCUACUCCGCCAUGAGCAGCAGCCACUCGGACUCUCCCAGCAUGCGGCUGCCUCAGCGCUACAAGACGUUCGCUUCCAAGGCUCAGUACCAGAUGGUUCUGGCCACCUUGCGCAAGCUGCAGGAGAGCGGCUUCUACUGGGGCGCCAUCACAGGCAAGAACGCCAACAGCCUGCUGGGCGCCGAGAACACCGGCACCUUCCUGGUGCGCGACAGCUCCGACAACCGCCACCUGUUCACGCUCAGCGUCAAAACCGCGGCGGGCACGAAGAACCUGCGGGUCCAGUGCGACGCCGCCUCUUUCUACCUGCAGACGGACCCCAAGAACAUCCACGCCGUGCCCCACUUCGACUGCAUCCUCAAGCUGGUGCACUACUACAUGCCCCAGAGCCGAGGGAACGGACGCAACGUGGACUACAUGUACUCGGGCGGCGAGAAGGUCCCGCUGGAGUUGGUCAAACCGCUCGCCUGUUCCCCGUCCACCUUGCAGCACUUAUGCAGGAAGACGGUGAACGGACAUCUGGACAUUUCCUCCACUAGGGACCAGCUUCCCCAUCCUCUCAGGCAAUACAUGCAGGAUUACGACUCCCCCAUUUAAAAAGCGCAUUCCGAGGGCCGAGGACUGGGAGCCGGGAGUUGAAGUUCCCGGCGAGGACGACGCACCCGUUUCCCCUCCGCUAACGAUGCUGCUAAGUAACAACGUGCUGCGAGGCCUCGACCGACGCGCGCUCGCUCCGCGUCUGCGUCCACCCAGCAGCCACCGAAUGUUCCCUCCCCGAGUGCAUUCUGGGAGUUUUUGUUUUGUUUUUCUACGUUAGCAGUCGAAGCUUUGUUCAAGGGCUGAACUCUGGACUGAAUCCUCCGUGAUGGUCGAUUUUGUUGUUGUUUUGUUACCUUUUGGCACUGACAGGAACGCCACUCGCUCGCCAAUGAAUGUAUUUGAGCAAGACGACACAACCUUGUCUUAUUUCACUGUGUUCUUUGACACCUCCAUGUUUACAUUGAAGACAAAAUCUUUUAUAAAGAUGUACUAAAGAUGCUUGAAAGUUGACUGGUCGACACAACCAUUUGCACUUAUUUAUAUGUGGACGAACAUUUCAGUAAUUUAUAAUAAAGAAUUGUUAUUUUUCUA